AUGUCUGAAUCGUUGGUCAACGACAAAGGCUCUUCCGCAGCCGCUGCUGGGCUCGACUUAGUCGUAAUUGACCAAGCCUUGAUGUCUGCCUCGACUUCGAUUCGAAUUGCCAAGCUUCACCAAGUCGACGAAACCAUUCGACACAAAACAUCCGAUGCUUCAGCUAUUCCCGGCCUUUUGAGCCUGCUCUUCGCCACCCACCCAUUCUACCGAGACCGAGAAUCUAGACUCGCGGUUCAAAAAUGCUUGACCACUAUAAUAGCAGCUGAAGCCAGCCCAACGGCCCUUUCUUCCCUCGUUAAAACUAUGCGUCAAGAGAUACAGAAACCGGGAAUUGCCAUAUCUAAUGCCUUUGUUAUUGUUGAGUGGUGUAGUCUGUUUAUGCAGCACGUUUCAGCCGACACAUGGGUACAUCUGGGUGAUGAGAUCCUUCUCACCUGCGCGGAUGCAGUAGAGAAAUGUCUACAAUCAGGCUGCAAAAGUGGUAUGACUCGAUCAGCAACGGUUGUGACCAGGCGUGGUUUCCGCAGGCUGUUUUCUUCGGCUGAUACUCGAGAAAAGUUCGUGACCACCGCCGUUACGACUCUCACGACCAAAGCUGCUCAGCCAAUGGCCAAAAACGCCGUUAUUUUGGGCAUUAUUGCCGGGGUCUCGGCUCUUCAGGCGCCAUUAAAGCCAAUUCUGGAAAGAUUGAAACCGAAUUACUACGAGUUUUAUUCGCGGGAGAUUGUUGGAUCACGAACGUCCCUGCCAGCACAUGUGGCAUCGGGACUCAGCGAUUUCUUUGUUAACUUCGCCAGCCUCGAAGACGUCGAAAAAGAUCUGGUGCCUGCUAUCGAGAAAGGCUUGCUGCGUGCUCCGGAAGUCGUUUUGGGAGGAGUUCUGAAGCCGCUGGUCACGUCACUGCCUGACGAUUUCGAUCUGUCGAAAAUCCUGGAUGGCAAGCUCUUGAAGCCCCUUUUGUCCAAUGUCAAGUCCAGCAAUCCAUCUAUUCGAAGUGGAGCCAUAGCAGCCUUUCGUGCAAUUGUGGUAAAAUGCCAUGACCUUAAGACAUUAGAUCAUGUUGUCGACGAACUUGCUAAUCCUUUGGCGACUGGCAAGCUUCCUGCCGCGGAGCAGAAGAUCCUGCAUUCGGAAAUGCUGGAAGCCACUCCCCUGUCAUCACAGAGUACCACGAAGGUUCUGGUAUCACUUUCGACCAUCUCCACAAAAGAAGGGAACGAAGCUGCGCUUGCCGCAGAGACUUCAGCAUUAGCCCAUGCCGCAAUUCUAGCCCUUAAAGAAGGAACUGAUCUCCCCAAAUCGGCCACCGAAGCUUUUGUGAAAGGGCUUGCAGAUAAAAAGCCUGGUUCCAGGAGAAUAUGGUUGCUCCGUGUAGCAAACAUCUUGUAUACUCUCAGGGACACCAGCGCGACUGCCGGACUCACUACAUUUGUCGAUGGGGUCAUUUCCAAACUCAUUGUAAACUUCCAAGAAGUUACAGCUAACGCCGCCGGAUCAGCACUAUCUGGAUUGGUUGUCGGAGCUUACAUUCUGACUGCAUUAGACCCAGUAUUGUCUCGUCAGUUCCCCGACUCUUCAAUAAGUUCAGCCCUGGCCAAGGCGUCCAUCUCAACUCAGGCAUUAUCUUUGGCCUCAAAACAAUCCUUCUUAUUAAAUUACAGAGUCUACGGAAAACUUAAUACUGAAGAAGAUCUUCAGUGGUUAAGUAGAGCCCUGACGUCGGUGGCAAAGAACCUCGACAACGAGUCUGACAAGGCCCUUACCCUAGCUUGGGCAGAGGCGUUUAUCUACCUGAUUACGGCGUCCUCCAUUCCCCCAAAAGUACAACGAGAAGCUCUUAGAUCCCUCUCAAAAUUGUAUGCCGAGCGAGCUGAGGUGGUCUCUGAGUUUGUUAUUGACGGUUUGUGGGACAAUUUUGGCCUUGACGAAGCUAAAGAGAAGGAUUUGAAAAUCAACAAAUCAAACUUGAUUCAUGUUUUGCGGUCAAUAUGUAUGGACCCCAGUGAGCUCUCUGCACUUGGAGGCAAUGUAUCGCAGGAGCAAUUGGAGUCCCAGGCAUGUUCUAUUCUGGUUCUAGCGAGACCGGAACUUAUUGCUCGAUCCAGCUGGAUUGACAUUUGCCUUCGUAUGGGCCUUGAUCCUGGCACUCUCGCCAAGAAAUACACUGAUGAGCUCCUCGGGGAAAUCGGUCGACGAUCCACUAAUGAACAAAAGGUUGAUGUGAUUCAGCAAGCUGCUUACAACGCAGCCGCUGAAUUGGCAUUCGUCGCCCCUGAAGUCAUAACUCCACGACUAAUGGAACUCAUUAGCCGCGAUCUGGAUCCCAGACAACUCCAGGACAUUGGUCCUGUCGAGGCUGCCAUUUAUAGAACUCCGGAAGGGACCUGCUUUGUAGAUGUUCUAGCUAAGAAAGCGCAAAACGCUGCCCCUAACAAAAACACCAAGGACUAUGACAUACUGAAAUGGGAAGAAGAACUGAGAAGUCAGCUUGAGCAAAAGAAAGGCCAGCAACGGAAGUUGACUCCAGAAGAGACUGCAAAAGUGAAUGCUCAAUUGAAAAAGGAGUCGGGCAUCAGAAGCUCAAUUAAAGGGGUCGAAGCAAAGCUGUUGCGCGGCAUUGGAAUCAUCAAGUCACUCGCAACCGGUCCACCUACGGAUGCCACACUUUGGCUUUCUUUCUCUAUCGGUCUAAUUCUUGACAUCAUUGAUGCAGGAGCCGGCCUGAUUAUUGGCGACACUGCCCCAUUGGCCUAUGUUAUUUGUUCCGAGAAAGUCUCAUCAAGACUAGGGGCUCUUCGACAAUUUAUCGGUGUUGCCACACUACGACUUCGAGGUAUUACCUUGUCCGAAAACUACGAUGAGGAAAAAUUGGAAGACCUCGUUACCCGAGUUCUUUACCGUCUCCGAUUCGCAGGCGAACAGCGCCCGUUUGAUUCUGUUUCACUGAUGUAUAUUUUGCCUCUUGUGUUGGAUCUUCUGCGAAAGGGCGGUGUUGGAGAAGAUGUCGACGAUCGAGAUGCUCAGCUCGUUUUGGCUGUCGAGUUCCUCUCCUUCCACACUGAUGUUUUCUCCGAUGAUGCAAUCCCGCGCACCGAACUUCUAACUGUUCUCAUUCAAUCUAUGCUUCAGUAUGCUCAGCACUACAAGCUAAUCAAGGACUGUUUCGCCGACAUGUGCCGCUGUAUCGCACCGAACAUGAGUCAAGCAGAGAUGCAGGUCCUUGCUAAAGGUGCCAAUGUGGCCCAAUCGAGUGUCAGGACCAGCGUGUUGCAGUCAAUUAGCUCCGAGGUAGAUAUGAGUGACCUCGACUAUUCCGACGAGAUAUGGUUAGCGUGCCAUGAUGAUGAACAAGAAAACCAAGAGCUUGGAGCGGAGAUUUGGGAAGAAAGCGGAUUCACAGUUGACGACGCUGUUGCCAUGCGUAUGAUUCCAUACUUGGACACCAAAGACUCCCAGCUGCGCCGAGCUGCAGCUAGGUCGCUGGCCGAAGCCGCCCAGAGACAUAAGGAGACUUUGAGCGAAGUUAUUCCCAAGCUGCAGUCAUUAUAUAUCGAAUUUGCGAAGCCAAAGGUCCAGCUCCUGGAUGAGUUUGGAAUGCCGAAGAAGAUGGAUUUGUCCGAUCCUUGGGAGUCUAGGCAGGGCAUUGCGUCCGCAUUUAAAGAAGUUACGCCGGUUCUAAACAGACAACAAACCGAUGAACUCUUCGAUUUUCUUAUCGAAUCAGGGCCACUCGGAGACAAGAGCGAUAAUGUCAGAAGAGAGAUGCUAGAUGCUGCCAUUGCCGCAACUGAAGUUCACGGCAAGAGCAUGAUUGACGAGUUGAUGAAAAAGUUUGAACACACUUUGGAGCAGCCAGACAAGAACAGCACGGCAGCUGACCGUGUCAAUGAAGCGGUUAUCAUCAUGUACGGUGCUUUGGCAAGACAUUUAUCUCCUGGUGACUCGAAGAUUCCGAUUGUCAUUGAACGUCUCUUUGCCACCCUUAAAACCCCAUCGGAGACUGUGCAAUUCGCCAUUGCUGAGUGUCUGCCUCCAUUGGUCAGGGCCUGCUCAGAUAAAUCUUCGAAGUACUUUGAUCAGGUCCUGGGCGAGCUGCUGAAUUCCAAGAAGUAUGCGAACCAACGUGGUGCUGCAUAUGGUCUCGCUGGUCUCGUUCUCGGUAGAGGUAUUGGGUCGCUAAGGGAGUAUCGCAUCAUGUCUACUCUCAAGAGCGCUAUGGAGAACAAGAAGGAGGCACACCAGCGUGAGGCUUCUCUUCUGGCAUUCGAGCUCUUCUCAACAGUACUUGGCCGUCUCUUUGAACCAUACGUCAUUGAAAUCGUUCCACAACUCCUCAGCGGCUUCGGUGACAGUAAUGCUGAUGUCCGUGAUGCCUGUCUCGCUGCGGCCAAAGCUUGCUUCGGUCAGCUGAGCUCCUAUGGUGUCAAGAAAAUUAUGCCGACUCUUCUAGAUGGAUUGGAUGACCAACAAUGGCGUAGCAAGCGUGGAGCCUGCGAGCUGCUCGGCGCCAUGGCCUACCUCGACCCCAACCAGCUGGCAAAUAGCUUGCCAGAAAUUAUUCCACCCCUAACAGGUGUCUUGAAUGACAGUCACAAGGAAGUCCGGGCUGCUGCCAACCGAAGUUUGAAGCGAUUUGGAGAGGUCAUUAAUAAUCCUGAAGUCAAGAGUCUGGUUGAUGUUCUCCUCAAGGCUCUAAGUGAUCCCACCAAGUACACAGAUGAUGCCCUGGACUCUCUCAUCAAAGUUCAAUUUGUGCAUUAUCUUGAUGCACCUUCCCUGGCUCUCAUUACGCGCAUCCUUCAGCGUGGUUUGGAUGAUCGCUCUAAUACUAAGCGAAAGGCUGCUCAGGUCAUCGGCAGUCUGGCGCACUUGACGGAAAAGAAGGACAUCAUUACACAUCUUCCCGUCCUCGUUGCUGGUCUUAAGAUUGCCGCUGUGGAUCCUGUUCCUACAACCCGCGCCACCGCAUCCCGAGCUUUGGGAUCCCUCGUCGAGAAACUUGGCGAGGAUGCUAUGCCCGAUCUUAUCCCAGGCUUAAUGGAAACCCUUAAAUCUGACACUGGUGCCGGAGACCGUCUUGGAUCCGCUCAAGCUCUAAGUGAAGUUCUGGCCGGCUUGGGUACAACUAGGCUCGAAGAGACUCUUCCGACCAUUCUGCAAAAUGUCGAUUCGUCCAAGCCCGCCGUUCGAGAAGGUUUUAUGUCACUCUUCAUUUUCCUUCCUGUAUGCUUUGGCAAUAGCUUUUCAAAUUACCUUGGUCGUAUUGUUCCGCCUAUCUUGGCUGGACUCGCUGAUGACAUUGAAUCGAUUCGCGAAACUGCUCUUCGAGCCGGAAGACUUUUGGUCAAGAACUUUGCUGUCCGCGCUGUGGAUCUUUUGUUGCCCGAACUUGAGCGUGGCUUGGCAGAUGAUAGUUACAGAAUUCGCCUCAGCUCGGUUGAGCUGGUUGGUGACCUCUUGUUCAACCUUACCGGAAUCAAGGCAAGUCCUGAACCAGGAGAUGAAGACGACGAGGAAGCCGUCAAGGAGGCAGGCGCUUCCCUCAAAGAGGUUCUUGGGGAGGAGAAACGAAACAAGAUCUUGUCGGCACUUUAUGUUUGCCGCUGCGAUACUGCAGGCGCGGUGCGGUCAGCUGCUGUCGCCGUUUGGAAAGUUCUUGUACACAGUCCGAAAAUUCUCAAGGAAUUGGUGCCCACCCUCACACAACUGCUUAUCAGAAGACUCGGCAGCUCUAACAUGGAGCACAAAGUCAUCGCAAGCAACGCACUGGGAGAGCUCAUUCGCAAGGCUGGAGAUGGAGUUCUCUCGAGUCUUCUUCCUACAUUGGAAGAAGGUUUGCAAACGUCAACAGACUCAGACGCCAAGCAAGGUAUUUGCUUGGCCCUGCGAGAGCUCAUCUCUUCUGCCUCUCCUGAAGCCAUGGAGGAUCACGAAAAAACACUCAUUUCUGUGGUCCGCACGGCACUUACCGACUCUGACGAAGAGGUCAGAGAAGCCGCCGCAGAAGCAUUCGACUCACUUCAGCAAAUUCUGGGCAAGAGAGCCGUUGACCAAGUCCUGCCUUUCCUCCUUAACCUCCUUCGAUCCGAGAAUGAUGCUGAAAAUGCCCUGUCUGCUCUUUUGACGCUCCUGACAGAGACUACGCGCUCCAACAUUAUUCUGCCGAACCUUAUUCCCACACUUACCACUCCUCCAAUUUCAGCGUUCGAUGCCAAGGCGCUGGCAUCUCUGUCAAAGGUUGCUGGUGCCGCCAUGAACCGUCGGCUGCCUGGUAUUAUCAAUUCUCUUUUGGACAAUGAGAUCAGUUGCAAGGAAGAAGGCCUGCGUACCGACUUAGAAAACUCAUUUGAUACCGUUAUCCAAUCCAUCGACGAGUACGACGGCUUGAAUACUGUCAUGAACGUUCUUUUAGGUCUAAUCAAGCACGAGGACCACCGGCGAAGAGCAGCUACUGCACGCCACAUUGGCAGCUUUUUCUCCGCCGCCGCUGUCGACUAUUCACGAUACAACCAGGACAUUAUUCGGUCGUUGCUUAACGCAUUUGACGACAGCGAUCCGGAUGUAGUCAAAGCCUCCUGGGCAGCUCUAAGCGAAUUUACAAAGAAGCUUAAAAAGGAAGAAAUGGAAUCUCUUGUGGUGUCUACCAGACAAACUCUACUUCGAGUUGGUGUUGCUGGCGCCAAUCUUCGUGGCUUUGAGCUUCCUAAGGGCAUCAAUGCAAUUCUGCCUAUUUUCCUUCAGGGGUUGAUGAAUGGCACUGCUGAUCAGAGAGUCCAAGCUGCCCUUGGUAUCUCAGAUAUUGUCGACAGAACAAGCGAGGCUUCGCUGAAACCUUUCGUAACACAAAUCACUGGUCCUCUCAUCCGUGUUGUUUCUGAGCGGGCCACCGAUGUCAAAGCUUCAAUUCUGCUGACGCUGAACAACCUUCUGGAAAAGAUGCCCACAGCACUAAAGCCAUUCUUGCCGCAGUUGCAACGAACAUUUGCCAAAUCACUAGCUGACACGUCUAGCGACGUUCUCAGGAGUAGGGCAGCAAAGGCUCUUGGCACUUUGAUCAAGUAUACUCCCCGUAUCGAUCCAUUGAUCGCGGAACUGGUUACUGGAUCUAAAACAACUGAUCCAGGUGUCAAGACUGCCAUGCUCAAAGCGCUGUAUGAAGUCAUCAGCCGUGCCGGUGCGAACAUGGGUGAAGCUUCCAGGACAGCAGUCUUGUCUCUGAUCGACAUGGAUACUGAUGAACGGGACGAGACCAUGACUGUUACUAAUGCCAAACUGUUGGGUGCUCUUAUCAAGAACGUACCUGAGGAAGCUGCAACAUCCCUGCUCAAAAAUAGAGUGGUUACGUCUCAUUUCAGCAGCUCAUCGGUACUGGCUCUGAAUUCUGUACUCGUCGAGUCACCGGAUAUCCUGUUGCAGGGUGCACUAGCAGAUGAAUUGCCCGACUUGCUAUGCCAGGGCAUGGCUAACAAGAGCACAUUCGUAGCCGAUAACUUGAUUCUGGCCACCGGCAAGAUCCUCCUUUCAUCCCCUCCCAAGAGCUUUGAUAGCAUCAAGAAAAUCUUUGAGACUCUAGCCGAAGUCAUCCAGCCCGGGAAACCCACUGACUCCAGACGACUAGCCCUUGUGGUCGUGCGUACCCUCAGCAGAACGAACAUGGAUCUUGUUAGACCUCACGUUUCCCUACUGGCAGCGCCUAUUUUUGCCAGUGUGAGAGAUCCCGUGAUCCCUGUGAAACUGGCCGCUGAGGCGGCUUUCGUGGAGCUGUUCAAUGUUGUCGAUGAAGAUAGCAGGGUGUUUGACAAGUUCAUGGCAGGUCAAGGGGCUGAUUUGCCAGCUAAUACAAAGAGAAGCAUGGCCGACUACUUCAAGCGGGUGGCUAUGAGAUUGGGAGCUCAGGCUAGAGAGAGGCGGGAAGCAGAGGGCGGCCAGGGUGGAUUGGGUCUGUCUAAUGACGAGCAAGAAGACGAAAAAGAGAUUUGGAGUGUUGGCAAGCUGGAAGUUGCUGUUUGUGCGUACCCAAGAAAUUCUGGCCACCGAAACCCCUCUCAGCCUCUUUAUCCAACCCUCACACCCAUCGAGGACCGGCCAUCACACCAAACGACAAUCAAGAUGGUCAACCUGCGAACUCAGAAGCGCCUCGCCGCGUCGGUCAUCGGCUGCGGCAAGCGCAAGAUUUGGCUGGAUCCUAAUGAGGCAGGCGAGAUCUCCAAUGCCAACUCUCGCCAGACGAUUCGAAAGCUCGUCACCGAUGGCCUCAUCAUCCGAAAGCCCGUCACCAUGCACUCGCGAAGCCGUGCCCGCGAGCUGAACCUGGCCCGAAGAGAGGGCCGACACCGUGGCUACGGUAAGAGAAAGGGUACUGCCGACGCCCGUAUGCCCAGCCAGGUCCUUUGGAUGCGCCGCAUGCGUGUCCUCCGCCGUCUCCUCGUCAAGUACCGCGCUUCUGGAAAGAUCGACAAGCACCUCUACCACGAACUGUACCACCUGAGCAAGGGUAACACUUUCAAGCACAAGCGUGCUCUAGUUGAACACAUUCACCGUGCCAAGGCUGAGAAGGCCCGUGAGCAGGCUAUCAAGGACGAGAUGGAUGCUAAGCGUGCGAAGACCAAGGCUGCCCGUGAGCGCAAGUUGGAGAGAGUGGCUGCUAAGCGAAAUGCUCUGAUGGCUGAGGAGUAA